ACCUGCGGAAAAGGGCGCCUCUUGCCCGACAGUCGGGCACUUGCCCGAAAGUAACACAGACACGUGUACUUGUUUUUAUUUGUCGUGCCAGUCCUCCAUCUGGGAUUGAGGAGGAAGCUGCUGAAAAUGGUGUUCCUAAACCAGGAACAUAAGGCUUUGGAAUUCAGUCGCUUCCGUAUUUAAAAUCUGUAGAUUUCUAGCUAAGAAGAAAGUCUACAUUUAGCUAGACUUUGGAGUAUCCUGCACAAUCUCGCUGUCAGAAAGCGACUGAAACUGGAUAUGAUCGUGACAGUGAUGAUGAUGAGGAUGAUGUUCAUGUCACUAUCGGAGACAUUAAAACGGGAGCACUACAGUAUGGGAGCAGUGGGACCUCAUGGAGACAACUUGGUAGAAAAGAUUCUAUCAGUGCUCCCGCAGUUUCCCGGCCACACGAGUGAUGGGAUGGUCAGCAUGGCCGGGCUUACGGCCCUCCAGGCUGAAGACGAGAAUCAGAACGUGGUCGCACCAGGCUGUCUGGCACAAUCCCAGUGCCAGAUCACUGAAUUUUGACCAUUUGGGACACUCCUGGAUCCAAGGAACUGUGAACUCAGAGCAGCACACACACUUGUCCCAUGCGUGGUAGGUGCACAUUCCCUCCACAUUCUCUUGACCGGACAGCAGAGAUUUGGUUAUUUCACAGCUGUGGAUACGGACCCCAAGGAGAACCCAUCAACUCUGUGCCACUUUUUUGAGUCUUAUUCCUUUGAGCCUCCUGAAGGUGCCUCCCAGA